CUGUUUACUGCAGCUGUUUCUUGAAGAUAAUUUUCUGAAACAAUUGAGAAGUAUAUAACUACUAAUGUUCCAAUUAAAGUUAUCCACAAAUUGACGAAGCACGAAAAGAGCGUGACGAUAUGCCAACGCCCGGUAGGAACAUUUUUUUCCAUGAGACUUCCUGUUUCGGCGAGGAGGGCUUUACGUUAAAUGCCCGACAAGCUUGUGCUGUGGAAUCGGCAGCGCGAAUGAAUCCGUCGAUGGCUGUGUACUUAUUAUUUGUCAGCAAAUCAAACUUCUCGAAUAGCACACGUGAGAUCAUCCGAAAUCUUCUCAAUUAUCCCAAUGUUAGAAUCCAGCACAUCGAUCCGCAGAGGUACGUGAAGGAUACGCCCUUAGAUGCGUGGUACAACAGCGGCAUCCUGAAGAAAAGCCACUGGCCGACAAGUCACAUGUCUGACAUGCUACGUUACCUGACCUUGUGGAAAUACGGCGGUAUCUACCUCGAUCUGGAUGUGGUGGUCACUAGUUCAUUAGAGAAUCUGACAAACUUUGCCGGCGCUGAGGAUUGGGACGAUGUCGCCGCCGGCGUCAUGGGUUUCGAUAUGUCAAAGCUGGGUAGACGCGUGGCUGAUGCCUGUGUGCGUGAUCUCAAAAAGAAUUUUCGCGGCGAUGUUUGGGGUAACAACGGACCUGGGGUCAUUACGAGGACAUUGCAGAAACUCUGCGCGACAAUGUAUGCGCGCGAUAUGACGACCGACCGUUGUCACGGCUUCACUGUAUACCCACCAUCAGUUUUCUAUCCGAUUCAUUAUAAGAAAUGGAAGAAAUAUUUUGAGAUCAAAGACAGUAACGCAACUUUGAAGAUAUUAAGUAAGGCAAAAGCGAUUCACGUGUGGAACAAAUUGAGCAAAGCUGAACAAGUGCGAGUGAACAUCAAUGUACCAUACGCCGUUAUUGCACGGAAGCAUUGUCCUUACAUUUUUAAUAAUUGCGGCAAAGUAUUUUGAAUCUACUCAUAGUUAGGAGGAUGCUUAUUUGAUCGACAUGAUAUACGUGCGAUAUCCAUAAAAUAAAUUUAUUUGAUGCAAUUUGAAGAAUUAUGACAUUUGUCAGAUAAAAUGCAUUUAAUGAGAUAAAGGCUGAUAUAGAAAAACAUUUCAUUCACCGUACUCUUUUUCUGUAAGAGUACUAGAGAGAGUCAAAAAAUAACCUAAAAUAUUUUUUAUAAAAUACAUAUCAAUGAAAAGUGAUGAAGCAUUUUUAUUAAUUGUAUUUUGUCUACGCUUCACUAGGGCUUUGAUUCCGAGAGAAAAAAAAUUUUUGGUUGACUGCACAGCCAUGUAUCGCUGUUUUCAACUCGUCCAUAGAAAUUUCUUUGCCACCCAGAUGAUAAUAACUUGUUGCGAGAUCGGAUGAAUAAGGGGAAUGUGAAAUACACUGGAAAUGGAGAUUCGAGAUUUUGGCGAUCAUUUUGCAAGAUGUGUGCGUAUUGUCACGCUGUAAUAGCACACCAGAACUGACCAAACCACCUUGUGCCAACUUACAAAACAAUCGCGCAAUGUUUCAAACUUUUAACACACUUUUAAGGUACUUUUUGACUCUCCCUUCUACAUAUUAUAUACAAAUAAUAAUGUACAUACAGAGAGAAAUGUUUCUGUAGAUUUAACAAAUUUUCGUAAAUUCCAAGAAAUUUAUGCAUUGGACUAGUUUAACAAAAUCAAUGUUUGAAAGGUCCAAUUGUUUUAGAUAAUAACUUUACCAUAAAUAUUUUUUUGAUAUAUUUAUGUUUUUUUUUUUCAAUUAGAUAUAUUAUUUUAGUAAAAAUAUUGAAUUAUUUCAUAUUAUAAUUAUGUUACAAAUAUAUUAUAUUAUAAUUUUGUUAUAUCGAACAAUUUUAUUAUUUCAACAAAACUAUAUUAUUUCAUUUAACCCUCAGCUGACAUACUAUUGGAUUCGAUAUUUUGCUACACAUGGGUGUAACAUCAUCCGACUAUUUUCAAUUACGUAUAUCUCGGUACGUAAUGCAUGGAACAUUUAAACAAUUUUUUUUCAAUCGAUACGCCAGCAGAUUAAGAAAAAAACUAAACAGAUGCGAAAAUUGAGAAGUUGAAUAUAUUUGAAAUUUUUAGAAGAGAGAAGGAGCGAACGAUUUAUAAAUGCCAAGCACUUUUGUAAAUAGCUCUGGUAUACCAUACCCAGUGUGUCAACUAAGGGUUAAAUUAUUGUUGCAUUAAAAAAAAUUUCUUCCAAUCAUUUUACUAUUCAUAAUCCCAAUGGCUACAUUCUUUCGUCAAUAGUUGCUAUUAAGUUGCAAUAAUAACCAUUUGUCCUCCCAAUCGUACAUUUUAAGCGUUGACGGUUACUAUUGACAAUCCAAUCAUUACAAUUGGUGGUCCAAUAGUAACUAUUUGUUAAUCAACAGUUAUAAUUGAGUGUCAAUAGUUAUCAUUGGCUCCCAAUCAUGUUUUUUCAUAAAAGCACUAUAAUAGUGUGCACACCACAAAAAUGUGGAGUUGCGAGUUAGGUUUGAACCUGAACUCAUAGAAUUAUAAUCUAUCACGCAGCUUGUUAGACUAAUAUAUUAUCCUUGAUUCUAAAUCUUAUGGCUUUAUAUUCUGUGUGAACUUUCUUAUGAGUUUAUAGCAGUCCUACUCUCUAAAAUCUUUGGAGUGGAAUCCCACUCUAAAAGUGUGAAAAUUCUGCCAGUCUUGAUAAAGAGUGGUAGGAUUUUCAUACUUUUAGAGUAAAAUUCCACUCUUUAGAUAAAAUUCCACUCCAAAAAAUUUAGAGAGUACUAUAGCCAUUUAAUAGUAGUGGGUUACAUGAUAUUUCAGGAUGAUCGUGGAAAGGCUAUUUAAUGUAAUCAAAGAAAAUGUUAUUUUAUUACAACAUUUUGUUUCAAGUAAUCAUGUAUUUUCUGCCAAAUAAUAUGGUUUAAUGCAACAAAACUUAGAAAUUUUUACUUAAAAUAAUGUUUUAUUUAAAGUUAUAUUAUUGUCUAAGAAAUAAAUGAGCCAAACAGAAAUAGAAAUACUAAAGAAAUGUUUUUCUCUGUGUUUAAUGUCUGAUGGAGAUCAAUGCUAUUUUAAACAUUACAAUGAAGUACCGCAGCUACUAAAUAUAAUAUAAAUCGUUGCCUUGCGUGCGUGCGUGCGUGCGUGUGUGUGUGCGCGUGCGCUCGUGUGUGUGUGUGCGUGCGCGUGCGCGUGUGUGUGUGUGUGUGUGUUGCAAUUGUAAUUCGCAUAAUUUCGUAUGUUUAAGUUACAUUGAUGAUAAGAUAAUCUCGACAUAAAUCAGACAUCGCUGCUUAUCAUGUUGAUCGUUUGUACAGUAUAAAUAAUAGAUCCUUUUCUUUCCUUAUGGAAACAGAAAAGUCUAUUUUUACACUUAAAGUGGCGUGCCCUUCGUAUUUUUCCUGUUUGAAUAAGAGCAAAACAAUUUUUGUUUAUUUUUGCCUAACAAAAUUUCCUAAAAAGCAUUCAGCAAACAUAGAUAUAACUGCUAUAUAAUACAUACGCAAAUAUAAUGGAUUUAUACCUACGGAUGUAUGACAAUUAUAUCUGCGAUUUGCUUAGUAUAACAUUUUUUACACUCAAAUUUGAAAAAUCACCAAGAUGGCUUUACCAAACAAAUGUUCAUAAUGUUAUGAACAUAUAUUUACAUAAUUAGUUUUGCACACAUUUGGGACUGAUAUCUGUUCUCAGAUAUCACAGAUUAUUCUAGUCUACUCGGUUUAACGAUAUACUAUAAAUUGUCGAAUAAAAGUUUUUAACAUGAAAUCAAUUACAAAAUAUAAAAAAAAGUUGUUGAAUAAUACGUUGUAUUUUAUGUACCAUUGUUGUUAAUAUCUAUUGUAAUAUAAUAGAAUAUUCGGAGCAUAUCAAACAAUAUGUAAAUAAAAUGGAUUUAUUAGUACAAAUUAUUAAAGACAAGCAAUUAUUGUUAAUAUUAUUACAAUCAAAUGGUUCAGCACGUGGCAGUUGAGACUAGUUUUUUUAAGAAUUUGAAAGCAUAAAUUAAAAUUACGUUUUCUAAGCCUAAAAUUAAUUUCUUAAUAUUCUUAAGAAAGUGGCUAUGUUGCUAUUGCGUCCUGAAUUUUUUGAUUGUAUUGUAUUACAAAUACUAAUGUAUUGUAUUGUAUUAUAAAUAUUAUUGUAUUGCUAAUAAUAAUUUACUGUACAUAAAUAAGCAGAUUAUACCAAACUAUCGCAAUUCCCCUGAAAUGUAUCUUCUUGCAAAUAAUUGCAAAUUGUAAACAAUAUAUAUUUAAUGUAUAUUAAGGUAGUUAGACCCCAAUUAUGCGAGUCAAUGACAGAUUCAAACAUAUUUCCAAAUUUAAAUAAAAUAUAUUGUUAUGUAAAAUCUAAAAAUAAAAAAACAAAGCAUUUUAUACAUUUAUAACAUUAAAUCAUAAUGAAAUAAGUUCAUUUAGGAAAAAAAGAGAAUCUUACGUAUUACGUAAUAAAUAAGAGAAAUUAGAUCAUGACAAUGUCGCAUUUUUAUUAAUACACAAGCAUGGCUAUCAUACAGUGAAGAUAUUUAUACAAAAGGCAAAAAUGUCCGCACAACAUGCGAUAUAGAAAGAAUAUAUGUAUAUGUAUAUUAAAAGUAAAAAAUUAACAAAAAAAAGAAAAGCGUAAAGCGGCUCUCGCAAAAAAAUGACAAGAGUGGCAUAAUCUCACUCUUGAUGAGAAACAAAUUUUUUAUUCACUCAAAAUUUACCCAGUCAACACAGUUAUGUAUUUACUAUAUAACAGCUAUAUAUAAGUUUCAGUAUCAUAUUUUAUAUAAUGUAAAAGUUGCAAUGUUGUAAUUAUAUUAUAAUUUCGCUCUAUCUUAAAACUAAUAAUUAUUGUAAAUUUAUAUUAUCUUAUUAUAAUUAACUAUUUUUUUUGUAUAAAAUGUCUAUACAUAUAGUUCCAAUGUUUAAAUUCUAUAUAUUAAAGCAUCUUAUUACAUACUUGUUUUAUAAAUAAUAUGUAGCAUUUGCACAUUUACGUUAUAUAAAAAAAGCAAUUAAUACAAGUAGUUGUGAUAUAAAUAUUGAAAUACAAAAUAUUUGUUAUAUAAAGUAUUAUUUCUAAAUUAUAUAGCAGUUACAAAUUGUGUUGACUAAGUAAUAUCAUGCGAUAGAUAUUUUCAAUCUUGUUACAUACGCUUCCUCACAAAUUCACCUAUUUGAGACUCGUUUUUCAUUUUUGAAUGUAGUUUCGAUGUUAUAUGAAAAUUCGUGUCACAUCACGAUAGUAAUGGCUAUUUUACAAAUAAAUACGGAAAAAUCUACGAUGUUUAAACGGUUGUAUCUUAGGAACGCGGAACAGUAAUUUAAGUUCAUAUUUUGCAAGUGUAUGAAUUAAUGCCUAAAUUAUUUUAGACGAAAAUUUAAAGACAUUUUUUAAUGUGUUUUGGAGUUUCUACCUUAAUAUACAGGGUUUCGCAAAAAUGUGGAGACUCUUUAAUAUUUCAAAAAAAUAAUCAUUACCGAAAAAAUGCUUUAUAAAAGGUAUAGGGUUUUAAGUGAUGCAUUAUGUAGCAAUGUUAAUGUGACCUUGAAUAACAUUAUGUUCGCGUAAACUUUGAAAUUUUUAAAUGUAAAUCUCAAUUUUUUAUUACAUAUUCUUGUAGCAAAUUUCAAGUGUUUAAAAAAAAAAUAAAAGUUUAUUUUUAUAAAGUAUUUUCCGAGUUGGAACUAAACAGAAAAAUGAUCAUAAAAGAAUCGUAGUCGUAGUCAUAAAAGUCCAACGCAUAAACAAUGGCAAUUAUUCGUCAAUCAUGUCAAUACCAUAUCAAUUGAUGUUUGUCAUCGUCGAUAUGAUUGAAGAAAUGUUAAAGUUGGCCGAACCCCGGUGAUCUUGCGAGCUCUACUUAAAACUACUUAAAAUGUCGAUAAUAUCACCAUUUUUAAUUCUGCAUUGUUAUAUGCUUCGUUUCUUGUAUAUUAUCAUCUUAGGACGUAUGUACGUACAAUAUAUUCUAUUCUACGAGAGAACAUAAUUAGUCUCGUCUUGUCCGCGAAGAUAAUCACAUCUUACUCGUGAGACAAAUGCUUUUUUAACUUUUUUAAAAAUAAAGUUUUUAAAUCUCUAAAGAUUUCAUUUAACGAUAGUUAUAUUGAAAGAUUGAUAUCUAAGACUACUUAAAAAAUAAAGAUGAUUCAUUGAGAAUAUUUAUUUUAAACAUAGUGUGUCGGGCUAAUGCUUAUACAAGAAAUAACGCAAGGAAAGAUAUUGCGUUAUUCGGCGAUCGCGCUAGCAAGAAACAUAUCCGUGUCUAAUUGUAAGCAUUAUGGUGCAGCAAAUCAUUUGGUGAUUCCGCGGUCGCGAAAAAUUCAAUUCUUCACUUCAAUGGCGCCAAUAGGACGAAAACGCGAAUAUCAAUACACAAACACAAAGAUAUCAACACGCAAUAUUUAUUGAACUCUCAAUACAUUAGGACUUUUCGAUUCAGUUUGGUCCAUUUUACUCACAUGCGAGAGAUUUAUCAUUAAUUGUCAGACACCCUGUAUAUGUAGAUUUCUUGUAAUUUUAUUUGCCAUGAACCACAGCACGUCCAUAAUUAUCUGUAGUAAUUUUGAUUGAAAUAUUUCUAAAAUGUCAAUGUUAAAAUUUGCAAUUGAGUUCCACAACUAUAUAUGUCUAUAUGUCUAUAUUGGAUUUAUUAUAAUUUUGUAGAAUAAUACCUUAUUGUUUAGUGAUAACUUCGACUUACGGUUCAAGAGACCAUACAUUUUAUUGAGUUUGUGUCCCAAUUGUAUUCUUUUGUUCCAAACUUGUGUUUUUAAUGUUAAUCUAUUGUCAAAUACAUACCUAGGUACUUAGCUGUUUUA